CUCUCUCUCAUCUUUCUCUCUCUCUGUGUUUGAAAAAAACCCGCUCUGCUCUGUCGAGAGGAAGAAGUAACCCAACUGAACAGGUUGAAAGGUUAAUUUUGGACAUAUAAAAUGUCUGGGGAGAAGAAUGUCGAAGCACCUGAGCUGAUAGCGUCGGGUCCUAAUUCUGAUUCCCCAGUCAAACUAUCUGAAAAGGAUAUGGGUAAAGAUGGAAUUCCAUCUAAUUCAAUUUCUUCGGUAUCUGCCGUGGCCAAUCAAACGCCCUCUUUAGAGCAAGGUGUUUAUUAUCCACCUGCCAACUAUUACGACUAUUACUAUCCAGCUGGAUACAAUGGCACCUUUGCACAACCCGACGACAAAGGUUACUAUAACGCAGCAGGUGGUUCUUACACAGGUAUUCAAUCAGACAAUGCCUCGAUGCUUUAUUACCUGCCUAGCUACGGUCCGUAUACAGCUGGAUAUAUGGGCGUCGAUGGAAAACCGAAUUACACGUCAUCAGAAUAUCUUCAACAGCCUUGCGCUUAUGGAUCGGAAGCAUUUCCGUAUUAUUCAUACGGUUCGUCUUAUUUGGGGAAUGGUUCGGUUGCCAGUGGCUCGGGGAAAUCGAACGGAUAUAAUAACAAUAAUAAUAAUAACAUUGCGAAAACAAAUACGAACCUCUCGAGCAAGACUUUGCCGUUUAAUUCGAAAUUCCAGCACUCUACGAACUUUUCGAAACCCGUGUAUCAAAAUCAGCAUCUGAAGCCACUGAACAAGUUAGGUCCCGGUUUCAACGCUACUUCCAAGCUCUCGUCGUUCGCAAACCACCGAAACCUCGGUUCCUACAUGCAAUACAGUCCCGUGAAUUACCAAUCCAACACUCGAUCAUGGUACAACAACAACAACAACAGCAGCUACAGGUACAACAAGCCACGAGAAUCUUUCGGGAGAAGCGCGGAAAACGAGGAGCUGACGCGGGGCCCACGAUCCGAGAGUAGGACCACUUCUCCGAAGGUGGCUUCGGAGGAGGAGCAAACGGAUAAGUACAACUCGCGUGAGUUUCAGACGGAGUACGAUAAUGCAAAGUUUUAUGUGAUAAAAUCGUACAGCGAGGACGACGUUCAUAAAUGCAUAAAGUACGAUGUUUGGUCGAGCACUCCGAAUGGUAAUCAGAAAUUGGAUGCUGCUUUCAGUGAAGCCGGUGCUAAAACGAGGGAAACAGGCGUAAACUGUCCCGUUUUCCUAUUUUUUUCGGUUAACGGGAGUGGACAGUUUGUGGGAGUGGCCGAGAUGAUUGGACAAGUCGAUUUCAGCAAAAAUAUGGAUUUUUGGCAGCUCGAUAAAUGGAACGGCUUUUUUCCAAUUAAAUGGCACAUGAUUAAAGACGUACCUAACACACUACUGCGCCACAUCAUCCUCGAGAACAAUGAGAAUCGCCCCGUCACUUACAGCAGAGACACCCAGGAGAUUGGAUUGAAACAAGGGUUAGAAAUGCUGCGAAUUUUCAAAAAUUACUCGGAGAGGACAUCUGUACUGGACGACUUCAACUUUUACGAAAAUCGCGAGAAAUCGCUCAAGGCAAAGCGGAACAAUGCCAAACCUGCUUCUGAAACGAGAAAUUCGGAAGGUGCAGAAGGGAUUACAACCAUAGAACAAUCCGGAAAGACGAGCCAAUCAACAGAUCCUUCAUCUCUCGUUUCUCUUACUAAAAACCUUUCGCUGAAUUCCCAGUCAUUACAGAGUAGUAUAUGAGCGUUCGAGCCAAUUUUCACAAACACACACGCAGGUUGAAGAAUCGGAGAAUGCCGCGGUGUUUUAUUAUCGAGCCUUUCUUUUUUAAAGUUUCUUUUUUGGUAUUAGUUUUCGUUGGUUUUUUGAUUUAGUGAUUUUUUUUUUUUUACUUAAAGAUUAGUUUCAUUUCCAUUAUUAUGAAUCGAGUAUCUUUAAUUUUUAUUAAUUUCUAAUUUCGUCUA